CAUUCAAAAGCUAAAGCUGAGCUAAGCAGUUGGUCAUCAAUCAUCAUGCUUCACGGCUUCUGUUUAUAAAAAUAGACAAGCUGCUUAAAAUAUAAUAAGUAUUUAUGUUGCUUAAGAUCCAAAAGAUUUGGUAAAUCUUCCAGGUUGGCCAGGCAGGAAUUUCAUUCAAAGCAUUUUUAAAAGGCUGAUAUUGUAUAUUGCAAUUGGCUCGAAGUGCCCAUAUCAUGGUAACGGCAUGAUAUCCGUUACUAUUCCUUCACGAAAUGCGGAUUAAUCACGUGGCAGCAGUGUUUUCAACAUCUACCAAUUCUGCCUACUUGCCUCACAAUCAAGAGUAUAUAAGUUUGGACCUUCAGGUUUAUGAUCACAACCAUCAAUGGAGAUUUCUGUUCAUAACAAUAUCUUUUCUCUUCUUCUUUUGCUCUUACUGUCACUCUCUUUCUCACCACCUGUGUUUGAGGCGUGCAAUGCAGUGGACAAAAAAGCAUUACUUGGAUUCAAGCGCAGCAUCACAACUGACCCUUCACAACUGUUGCAAUCAUGGAUAUCUUCAUCUGAUUGCUGCACCUCCUGGAAUGGGGUUGCUUGCAAUUCUGCAGGGAGAGUGGUCAAUGUCACACGUCCAGGCCUUUUCUCGGACAAUGACAACAUUGUGGAUACAUUCAUGAAUGGAACUUUAUCCCCUUCCCUUGGGAAUCUAUCGUUUCUUCAAGUUCUUGACCUUAGCAAUCUCAAAAACCUAAAAGGAUCAAUACCACCCGAAUUUGGCAAGUUAACGCGACUUACUCUUCUUUUUCUUGAUUCAAACCAGCUUAAAGGGUCGAUACCAGUGACAUUCAAGCACUUAUCUCGGCUGGAAAAGCUUUACCUUAGCAACAACCAUAUUUCUGGUAUUAUACCUUUCUCUGUUAUUGGAUCCUUAAAAACACUCACCGAGCUAGGUCUUUCAGGAAACCAACUGAGAGGAACAAUUCCUGCAACAAUAGGCAAGUUGGUUUUUCUUACAAAGCUAGAUAUUCAUGCUAACAAUCUUUCUGGUAGUUUGCCUACGACUAUUGGCAAGCUUAAGAGCCUCAAAUAUCUUGACUUAUCUGAAAAUCAGAUAACAGGCAGCAUUCCUAAAUCCAUUGGUGGACUUUCAGCGUUAGUACUUCUAUAUCUCAAUCAAAACCUGAUUACAGGAAGCAUCCCUUCUUCAAUUUCGGGUCUUAUCUCUCUGCAGUUUUGCCGCAUAUCAGAAAACGAGUUGACAGGAAAUUUACCUCCUUCCAUUGGCGAGCUCCCAAGUAUUCAGAGGCUAAUUCUUGAUAACAACAAGCUAACCGGGAAACUACCAGCUACAAUGGGCCAUCUUGUCACUCUCACUGAAAUGUACUUAUCGAACAACCGUUUUACAGGCAAGAUUCCCUCAAGUUUCGGCAAUUUGCAAAACCUUCAAACACUGGAUUUAUCAAGAAACCAUCUCUCUGGUAAAAUUCCUACUCAGCUGGUCAAAUUGCAGAACUUACAGACAUUGGAUCUGUCAUUUAAUCCUCUAGGACUAAUUAGCAUACCAAAAUGGUUUGCUAAGUUGAAAGUUUUUCGGCUUAUAUUAGCAAAAACUGGGAUUAGAGGGUCACUUCCAAGGUGGUUGUCUUCUACAUCCAUUUCCACUCUAGAUUUAUCGGGCAAUGCUUUGACAGGAAAACUACCGCCUUGGAUUGGGAAUAUGACCAGCCUUUCUUUUCUCAAUUUAUCAAACAAUGGUCUUCACUCGUCAAUCCCAGCUGAAUUCAAGAAUCUUAGGCGUCUAAUGGAUCUUGAUCUCCAUUCAAACAAGUUCUCUGGUCACCUGGAUACAAUUUUCUUCAAAAAAACUGAUGACCCUUUAGGCCAUUUUAACUCUAUUGAUCUUUCUGAGAAUAUGUUCAAUGGUCCUAUUAGUGAAUCCGUUGUACAGAGCCCAGCAAUGAAUUCUAUAACAUCACUUGUUCUGUCAUAUAAUCCACUAAAGGGAUCAAUACCAAAAUCCUUAGGAAAAUUGAGUGAGCUGCAAAUCCUGAAGCUGGUAAGUAAUGGACUUUCAGGGAAGAUACCGGUGGAGCUUAGUGAUGCCAAGGAAUUGAACACAAUUUUGCUUUCAAGGAACAAGCUCAUUAGUAGUAUCCCAGGGAAGGUGAUCAAUUUGAAAGAACUCAAGGAAUUUGAUGUAUCGCAUAAUCAAUUAAGUGGCCAGAUUCCGCCCCAUACAGCCACAAUCCCUGCACCUGCAUUUAUUGAUAAUCCAGGCUUGUGUGGUGCCCCUCUUCCACCUUGUAAACAUUCAUAGUAUUUUCACAAAGAAUAUUUUUUUUUAGUUUUCUUAGAAUUCAUUCAUUGCUAUUUACAUGAUUAGUUGCAUUUCUUAUCAUCUCUUAUUCCUUUGUCUUGUAAUUGUAAG